CCCAAAUCAACUAGGAUCCAACAAACUGGGGCAACCGGCCAAGUUCCGCAGGAGAGUAGAGAGGCAAGAGCAAAAUGGCGUUGAGGCUGUCCAUGCUAAGAAAUGCGGCGGCGGGCAACGUCGCGGGCAGCUUAGGCCUCCGGAGGUGGGUCCACACCGUUGCCCAACCAGCACCCCUUCACGGUGCUAUGGACAACUUCACCACCACAUCCCCGCCGUUGGUUCUCCCCGAGUCCGGUAACACCUCCACUGAAAAGAGCAUCGGUUUUCAGUUUCCGGGCUUCUCUUUCAUCGACGGCUCCAUGGAGCUCAUGGCUGUCCCUAAAAGGAAGGUCUCUCCACACAAGAGAGGAAUAAGAAAUGGACCAAAGGCUCUGAAACCUGUGCCAGUAAUCGUGCGUUGCAAGUAAGGGUUUUUCCGAUGAAGUUAAAAAUUA